CUCGUCCUCAUUAUCUCUAUCAUUCACCAUGUCCGCACGUACCGCCACCGUCGAGCGCAAGACGAGCGAAACCCAGAUCACCUGCACCCUCACCUUGGAUGCGGGGCCGGGAUUCGCGCCGCAGAAGAUCAAUGUGUCGACCGGCAUCGGGUUCUUGGAUCACAUGCUCACCGCCCUCGCCAAGCACGGCGGCAUGUCGCUGGAGAUUGCGUGCAAGGGCGACCUGUGGAUCGACGACCACCACACGGCCGAGGACUGCGCGCUCGCACUCGGCGAGGCGUUCAAGAAGGCGCUGGGUGAGCGCAAGGGGAUCAAGCGGUACGGGCACGCGUACGCGCCGCUUGACGAGGCCCUUUCCCGCGCUGUCAUUGACAUCUCGUCGCGGCCAUACUUCUGCGGCGACUUGCCGUUCACACGCGAGAAGAUUGGAGAUUUGUCUACCGAGAUGAUCUCGCACGUCUUCGAAUCCUUCGCGCAGGCCGCCGGCGUGACGCUGCACGUCGACUGCAUCCGCGGCGUGAACAACCACCACAUCGCCGAGGCGUCGUUCAAGGCCCUCGCGCUUGCCAUUCGCAUGGCUAUCACCCAGACGGGCACGGACGACGUGCCGAGCACCAAGGGCGUGCUGGCCGUCUAGCUACCGAGGAAUUAUGCAUCGCAAUAGAGCUAGU